GCUAUAAUAUUGUGUAUGGCGAUAUCUCUCUUUAUCAUUCUUCAACACAUGUUGUUCAAAAUGGCGACGGUCAGCCUCCUGCGAAACAUCAGAACCGGUCAGAAAUUGUCUUCUUUUUAUCUCUUACAAGGAGAGAUUGCUCGUCCGAACAGAUGCAAAACAUGCAGAAGUGUGUCAACUAGCAGACUAUCGACUUUUUCGACUUUUUCAAAACCUAAAAGCGAUAGUUUAAAAGAUAAAUUUGGAGGAGGAGGCUUACAGCAUCAUGAGUUUAUCCAUGGAUUGAGCAGAAACAUACACACAAGUACAACAGCAUUGUCAGGAAAAAAAGAUUUCUAUCAAAUACUGGGGGUUCCUAAAACAGCAACUCAGAAAGAAAUCAAGAAAGCUUAUUAUGAGUUGGCCAAGAAAUACCACCCUGAUAGGAACAAAGAGAACCCUGAUGCAUCCAAGAAGUUUGCUGAAGUUGCAGAAGCAUAUGAGGUUAUAGGAGAUGAAGGUCGGAGGAAAGAAUAUGACACGGUAGGUCAAGCUGGUUUUGGAGCAGGUGGAAUGGGCGGUGGGGCUGGUGGCUUCCAGGGACAGUGGCAACAAUCAACCAUGGAUCCUGAGGAACUCUUCCGGAAGAUCUUUGGCAAUCAGGCUUUUGACCGAGGUGGCAUGUUUGACGAGUCAAUGUUUGGUGGAUUCAAUGCUGCUCAUGAGGUGGCCAUGGAUUUGACAUUCAGUGAAGCAGCCAGAGGUGUAAACAAGGAGAUAAACGUUAAGAUGGAGGACAGGUGUGAACGAUGCAAGGGAUCUCGUGCUGAACCAGGAACAAAAACAUCAAAGUGUCACCAGUGCAAUGGAACAGGACAGGAAACUGUGAACACAGGACCAUUUGUGAUGAGAACAACAUGUCGGCGUUGCCGUGGUACCCGAGUAAUCAUUAAUGUUCCAUGUAUAGUGUGUAGAGGGGCAGGACAGACCAUGCAAAGAAAGAAAGUAGUUGUUCCAGUACCAGCAGGUGUUGAAGAUGGUCAAACAGUAAGAAUGCCUGUUGGUAGUCAAGAGUUAUUCAUCACGUUCCGUGUUGCUAGGAGUAACCAGUUCCGAAGAGAUGGAGCAGACAUACAUUCAGAUGCUACCAUCAGCUACACUCAGGCUGCUCUCGGUGGUACAUGCAAAAUCAAGGGAAUCUAUGAUACUAUUACACUUAAUAUUCCACCCGGCACCCAGUCACAUGCUAGGAUACGUCUACCAGGUAAAGGCAUUAGUCGUGUCAAUGGCUACGGGUUUGGAGAUCACCAUGUUCAUAUCAAGAUCAAGGUCCCUACAUCUUUAGGAGAUAAACAGAAGGCAUUACUAAUGGCGUAUGCUGAAGAAGAAUCAGGAGUGACAGGGACAGUCAAUGGACUUAGUAAAACACAGGAUGGAGCCAACAUUGUGACUGACGACCCACAGGGCAUGGUGGGAAGGAUCCGUCUUGGUCUAAACACUCCUAAUUCACAAGAGUUUGCCACGAAGGUAGCAGAUGAUAUCAAUGAGAAAGAAGACGAUACCAAAAGAUCCAGCAAAUCCUGAAACCCUCAGACAUUUUGGAUGAAUAUCAAAUCACAAUUAACUUGUUCAUCACCGUGACAGGCCAGGAGAGAGAAGAGAUUUUGUCUUCAACUAUGGCAAACUGGAUCAGUUGCACCGAUUGAAUUGAAUUAUGGCAAGCCAUUUGUGCAGGUGGUGUGUCACAAUCUCCUAGAUAUUGUUUUAAACCAUGACAAGCCAUCAAUUUAUGUAAUUUAAUUCAAUUUAUGGCAAGCUAUCUAUUAAGGUGGUGUGUUGCAAAGUCCUAGAAAUUGUUUCUAACCUAUGGGAAACCAUUAGUGUUGGAGUCCUGUCACAUAGGACUCAAACUAUGACCAGCCAUCCAUGCCAUUAUUUAUUCUCAAUAUUUCUGGUAUUGGUAAAGUGUGAGUCAUAAAACUAAUUAUCAGAUAUUGCACAUUUUGCACAUGCUUUCAAAGAAUGAUAGUUGGUGUGAUCUCAUGCAUGAAGAGCUUGUCAUAGGAAAAUGGAAUCUCAGUUCUUUUUAUUCUUGGAAAAAAGGAUCCCCAGCUGAUGGUGGUAUUGAUCGAGUGUAGACCUUUGCCCCGCCUCACAAAGAGUUGCAAUUAAUCUGAUCAACCACAACUAUGGAAAGCCAACAAUGUCAACAUCUAACCUGCAUGUUU